AUGUAUGUUUCAGUUGCCACCCAAAAUGCCGCCCCCAAUGUUACCCGUCGGUCUGCAAAUUACCAUCCUAGCGUUUGGGGAGACCAUUUUCUGAGAUAUGCUUCUGACACUACAGAAAUUGAUACUCAUUCAGAGCAACAACAUCAACAACUAAAAGAAGAAGUGAAGAAGAUGCUAGGCACGGUUGCUAAUAAGCCUUCACAGCAACUGAACUUGAUUGAUGCAAUCCAGCGUCUAGGCGUGUCUUACCAUUUCGAUACUGAGAUUGAUUCAGUUUUAGGACACAUUUAUGAGUGUUGUACUAGUUGUGAUAAUAAAGAUGACUGA